AGAGUUGUGUUUGUGUUUUUAAGGAAAAUGCCGUUCAAAUUGAGAUUAAAGAAGAGCAGACAGUACAAUGUGGUGUCUAAAUCACUGUUUGUAAUCUGUGUGGAGUUGCUGGACAGCACAUCCAUAGAAUGUACUCUGUCUGCAGAGAGUGUUGGAAGGGAAUGUUUGGACAAUGUCUGUCAGAGACUUGGUCUUCAACAGCCAGAGUUCUUUGGCCUGAGAUACAUUUCUCGCAGCGGUUCUCCUCGAUGGGUGGAACUGGGACGUCCCCUGAAACGACAACUGGACAAGUACGCUCGAGAGUUCAACCUUUACCUGAGAGUCAUGUAUUAUGUCACAGGAAUCAGCUUGCUAAAUGAUGAAAUGACUAGGUAUCAUUACUUUCUACAACUGAAAAAUGAUGUAAUAGAAGGACGCAUGAGCUGUGAUCCUAAACAAGCAGUUCUGCUGGCAAGUUAUAGCAUGCAAGCCGAAUUUGGAAAUUAUGAUGCAGAAAGGCAUACUGCAGAGUACUUGAAGGAUUUUGCCUUGUUUCCUAAACAUCUGACACAACAAGGCCAGUUGGAGAGUCUGACAGAAGCAGUGAUACUGCAGCACUCAGCACUGGCAGGCCUUGCUCAAGGUACAGCUGAAGAAUACUACAUCUUGGCAGCUCAGCAACUGGAUGGCUAUGGGCAGGAGACUUUCCUUGCUAAGGAUGAAAGUGGCAAUGAAGUCGUUAUCGGAGUUUCUUUGACAGGCAUCGUUGUGGCCUCCGAACAUAACCAUACUUCAAAGUUCUACAGGUGGAAAGACAUAACAAAUGUGAUAAAUCACAAGAGACACUUUGGCAUGGAAUGUCAGAACCCUGAGGAUACGACUCAGUUCCAGCUGACAGAUGUGGAGUCUGCCAAGUAUGUGUGGCGAAUGUGUGUGCACCAGCACACUUUUUUCAUGCAGAAUGAGCAGGCGUCAGAGACAGGAAGUAACGCUCAACUAGUUCACAGCCUUUUCACCCAAACAUCUACAGAGCAGGAUACACAGGUGGGCAGCAGUCGGGAGGAGUUGGAUAGUCGGGAAGUGGGAGGGGGAGGAAGUGGUGGAUGGGAGCGAGGGGAGAUGGUGGGAGGAUGGGAGCGCGAGGUUCAGCGUGCUCAGUCCACGUCUUGUCUCGACUUGGCAGCCUCUCACGACAUCGAUAAGCUUAGGGCCAUGUUACCAUCAUACCGACCAGCGCCAGACUACGAGACUGCCAUGCAGCAAAAGUACCGAGGUCAAGGAGCAUUGUUAUACGGUAGCCAGCCUGAGAUACACCAGACACACCUACAUGAGGGAGUGCGAUCAUAUGGGAAUGCAUACAAACAUUAUCCUGAUGUAGCAAGAGUGGACAGGGUGUACAUCGACACUGCUCACUCAGAAGAAUCUCAACACCCUGUCUCAGGACUCCAUUCUUACGGCCGAGCUCAAAUUCAGGAGGUGAAUAACCCAGGCCUACAAUUGGUACACCUGUACAAACCACCGCCACCUUACCCCAUCAACAGACACAGCAGUAACAGCACACCCGACUUGGCCAGUCAGAACCUUAGUCAGCCCACUCAUACGUUCAUUGGCACCCAGGUGAGUGGGUCAAGUCCUGACUUGGUCUGUUCCCGAGUGGUGGGACAACCUCCUCCACACCCACAUCACUAUGAGGCUCACAGAACCUACACUAACCUGGCAGCGAUACUAGCUAAUGAUCAGCAGCAGCACAUGGAAGAGCUACACAACAUGUUCGAUGACCGCAACAUUGUGUAUUACAUGAGUAGAGGAGGAGCUCUAUUACCACAACCAGCCAACCAAACCUUGCCCUUCAACAACAACACUCAGUUUACCUCUCCACCCCAGGGUGUUGGAAAUGAACCUAUAUAUGAGAAUGUCCCAUUGCCAUGGGCCCAGGAAGGGGCUGAGCCUCGCAGUCGAACCAGCAGCAUCCAAUCAGCUCCGGAAAUGACCAGAGCCAACCCCACAUCUUCCCCUGCCACUUCCACUCUCCCACCCAAGGCACCUGUCACCGACAGUACUGACUCGUCGAUGUCACUACGCAGCAGUGACAGCUCUAGUCCACUGGGUAAGCAGGCCCCGGGCAAGAAUCGCCGUAAGUGGGGGGGUCUGCUGGGCACCAGCAAGCCCAAGGUGAGCCUGAGUCGAUCUGAGGAUGUGGGACCUCGGCUACCGCUACCUCCCACCAUUUCCAAGGAGACUAUGUGCCAACUCUUAGAAAGGAAGUUAGUUGACAGCCAGCUGUUCUUUGAAUUUGAAAAAAUACCAAAACAAAAGUCAAAUGCUGAUUUUAGUACAGCACUUCAUGCAGACAACGCUAGUCGAAAUAGGUUUAAAGAUAUUCUUCCAUAUGAAGAGAACAGAGUUAGAUUGUCACCUUCAAAGGAGAAUAAGACUGGUUACAUAAACGCUUCUCAAAUUACAGCCACGGUGGGAUCACAUCAAAGAUUCUACAUCACAGCCCAGAGCCCAUUAGCAGCCACAGUGGGAUGCUUCUGGCGGAUGGUGUGGGAAGCGGACGUGUAUCUGGUGAUAGCGCUUCUCGAUGACCCCAACUCACUCACCCCUUACUGUCCUGCCUCCACCGACCGCUGCCUGCAGUUUGGUGAGUUUGAGGUUUACCGCCAGCUAUCACAAGAGACAGGUCACUGCGUAACCAGCAAACUGCGGCUCUACCACUCACCUUCCCGUCGCUCCCGAGGUGUCUGGCACCUUCAGUACUCAGAGUGGGGUGACCAGGGCUGCCCUAACACUGUAUCACACUUUCUUGGAUUUCUGGAAGAAGUGAGUUCUGUGCGACAACACACGGUAACAGAAAUCCCAGCCGGACACAACCGCAACCCUCCAGUGCUGGUCCACUGUUCCACUGGAAUUGGACCGUCAGCUGUCACCAUCCUCAGUGACCUCCUCCUCUACUCUCUCGACCACAAUCAGGAAGUAGAUAUCCCACGUGUAGUCUCCUUACUACGUCAUCAGCGCACAAUGAUGGUUCAGUCCGUAGCUCAGUACAGGUUUGUCCACACGUUGCUCAUCUAUUACCUCAAGAACUCCAGAUUGAUCUAAUCUGGCCUGUCCAGACUUCACCUAGUCUUCCAUCCUAUGGCUGUGUAAAGGCACUUGACGCCUUAUCAUACCAAACGUCUCCGAGCAGUGACUCACAGCAUUUAUAGUAUUAUAGUUCAAGACCAAAACAAACAAUACGUGUUUAGUGCCUUCAGUUCUGUUAUUAUAACUGUUAUUAAUUAUAUUUAAAGACUGAAGGGUGUCUUCUAAUUGUUACUAAUUUAUACUGUAGCUGUAAUUUCAAUCAUAUUAUUGUAUUUUAACUUGUCACAAAAGCGCCUUAAUAUCAUAUAUCUUAUUCACCUAUUUAAUAUUGUUAAUUGUCUUAGGAAUUUCUAAAAUCAUCCUUAUACUAAAAAAAUGUUUCAAGCUUUGUUUACAUCUGCGUAAAUAUUGUUUGUAAUUACAGUACAUAUUUUUGUAAUAAGUUAAUGGAGUGUAUAUAUAAUAUUUAUUACAAUUGCAUGAAUCAGAUUGAAUGAUCAUUAUAAGAACAUAUUGUGAUCAUCACUUCCAAGAAUUUGCUAGACAUUGAUAUAUUUUAUUUAAAAAAAGGAAAUGGCAUUCAUUUUAAACUAUUAUUAUUAUUUACACAUUUCCUUUGUCAUUUGACUAUUUUAGGAUACCACCAAUAAUGUAUUUAUAAAUAAUUGUCAGUAAUUCUACUUUCUUCUGUUGUUUUCUCCAUUUUUGAUGGCAAUAAGGCAAUUGGAAAAUUUUAUAAAAUUUUAAGUUUAAAUUAGUAUUGUCAAAAAAAUUAAAUUGUUUGACUUUAUGUCUCCGAAUAUUGAUACAAUCAUCAAAACAUAUUGAUUUUUUUACUAAAUUUGUUGUUUAUGCAAUUGAGUUCUUAUGAACUAUAAAAUUACUGUUUCAGGCACUACAUUUUAUUAACUGAAUUACUAAUAAAAUUAAAUUAACAUUUAAAACUAAUUCUAAAUUAUUGUUUUAGAGUUCAGUGAAUCAAUCUCAUCACCAUAUAUUAACUACUAAAUACUUGGUAUUCAAACAGUGGAUUUCAACUUUACACAAACAGGAUAUUAAAAACAAAUGGUAUAAAAUAUCUAAUAAAGGACCCAGCGUAAAUCGCUUGAUGUCAUAUAUAUGUAUAUACCAGUAAUAAAUAUAUAAUAAUAUAUAUAUAUAUAUAUAUAUAUAUUAUAUAUAUAUAUAUAUAUAUAUAUAUUGCACAGAUUCAUUAAAAAUUAAUAGUGGUCUGUUGAGUGAUGCAAAAGUUUUUACAUUUUAUUAUGUUGCAAAGCAAUGCUAUGAAGUACUUUUUCAAAACGGGAACUUCAGAAACCAGCUGUAUCUGAUGUGAUGUUAUUUUCUGAUAACAAUGCUGCAAGCACGUUCUCACAGCAGGAACUUCAAAAUCUGCUUUUCAGCUGUGAUUGAUGUAAUGUUAUUUUUUACAAUUCUGUAUAGCAAUGCUGCAAGUACUUUUUCAUACCAGGAAACAUAUAGCUCUGAGUCCCAGGAUAACUACUUUCCAGAGGUUUUUUUUUAUUACUUCUACAUCGAAGUUCAAUCUCCUAGUUACAUUCUAUUUUCAUGUCCUUCAAGGAAAUUUCCUUAGGUCUUUAUUUCACCUCCUUUUCACUGUCAUAUAUUUCCUUUCUAAGGAGAAGUUUGUGAAAUCACCAAUUGGAAUUAUACAACGUGUGUGGUACAUAGGGGUCGUAAGUGUCACAUACAUAACAGCAAUAUAUAGUCUCUAAUUAUUACAAAUAAUCAUUUUUCGUCUUUGUAUGCUUGCAAUACAACACUUAAAGCUGCUUAAUAGAGAUGUAUAUUAUUUGAAUUAAGAAAUUUAAAAGAUUAUUGGAGAACAAAAUGUAGAGAACUUUUAAUGAAAAAGGUUUAACGUAUUCACUGCGAGAAAUGUGGCAACGUACAGAUAUAAAAUGCGGUGAUAUCCAAAGAGCUAAUUGAAGAUGGCCAGAAACCCUUGUUGACUGGAUGACGUUACUUUUGGGGCUGGAAUUCCAGCCACCAACACUGGUAAGGGUCCUUACUCAAAAGCUGGUUUUUCAGAACCCAUCCCCAUUGGCACUCGCAAAUAGAUUAAUGUUUAUUUUUUAACAUUUAUUUAAAAUUUUACCCUCUCCCUCUCCAACACAAUAUCCACUCUCGUAUAAUACUCAAAAAUGUAAUCAUCAGAUCUGUCUGAAAUUGAAAUGGAUUCUUCCCUGUCAGAUAACAAGUGUUCAAUGAGUUCAAUAUCCUCCUCCUUUUGACUUCAGUUACUUAUGCAAAGUCACGUUACAGCAAACAAAACACACAGCAGUGAAAAUGAACUAAGAUGGCGAUCCGAGAAUGCUUUGUGCAAAAAGAAACAAUGCACUAAAUGGAAUAAACAGUACAACCUUCUCCAUCAAUUAUUGUGCACACACUGAGGCAAUAAAUAAGUCAGGGUGAACCAGGACCUGGAUUUCCAGCAGGUCGCAAAGUGCAUUAGAAUUGUAGGGUUUGUAAUAAUUCCAGUCUCCUACACCGAAUAUGUUAAAAGAAUUAAAUAUUAAAUUACAAUGUUACACGAUUUUUCACAACUUUGAUUCAUUCUACAUAGACUAAAGUCUUUGGCUAGUACACAUUUUUACAACUAUAAUAAUCUUUUUUAUACAAAUAAAUUAAUUUGUGUAAAAAUAACUUUUAUAUUACCAAUUUGCCAGUGAAAACAACGGGAGAAAGUCUUGAGUUGUAGAUUGUUAAUGUAGUCAGGCUACUCUUUUUAUAAAAAUAGUUGAUCAUUGCCUGUGAAAUAUAAAAUUAUAAGAUGCCUUAGAAUAUGUGCCUGCAUAUAUGAGUUAACCUAAUAAAUUUUAUAUAUCAGUAAUGUCAUUUUCAAAUAAGAAAUAUAUAAUAACAUCCUUUAAAAUGUAUAUCUGUGGGAUAAUUCCUGUUUUGAUUAUAAAACAAAAUGACAAUUAAAAAAAUAUCAGUGGGCACUGUGACAAGAAAAGAGAAAUUCUAGACGUCAACUAAUGAUAGUUCAGUAUUUUUAAUUCAGUACUCAUGGCAAAACUAUAACAGACAUUUGUAAUAGUAUGCGUCUUAAUUUUAGAGUAUUUUUUUUAUAAUUUUAAUACCAAAAAGGAAUAUCAAAAUUAUUACCUGAGUAGGUAAUUUAUCACCUAAUUUAUCAUUUAAUUAUAUUAGAUGUCUUAUUGAUAAUUUUUAUAUAUUGUAAUAUUUUUUGUGCUCAUUUUGGUUUGAUAAUUAGGUUUCAAAAGUAUAGUUUUAAGCUACUUUUGAGUUAUAUCCUCAAUUAGAAUAUUUUGAGUGUGUAUUAAUAUUUUAGAAAGUUUUAAAGUAAGUAACCCAUGACUGAAAUGCAAUCUAAACCAUAUAUAUUAUACAUGACAUCUAAAAUUAACAAUUACAAGAUUUAUCUUUAUAAUUUUAUUAAAGAAAUGUGUUAUAAAUAUACCAAAUUGAUUUUAUGAAGAAUGAUACCAAAAAGUUUCUGAUUUUUGAAAACAUUUGUAUAAGUAUAACAUGUAGAGUUGCAAAUACAUUCUCUUAAUAGGUAAUUAUAUAGUCAGAAAAAAUCUAAUAUAUGUUUCUAUACUUCUCUAUGCAAACGCUACUUGAUCAGUCGAGCACUGACAUCUGGAAUGGUUUAUCAUCAACACUAAAAAAUAUACUUGAUAAGCUAUACCAGUGUUAUUUUUCUGUUAGGAAUCAGACAGGCCUAAAUUCUUUUGCUAUGCCAAUUUCACAGUUCACUUAUUUCAACAGUACAGCAUUAUAACCUGUGAAAGCUUAUAGGCAAGCCAUUGCAGUUCAGUGUGUCAUCACGUUUAAUAUUGUUGUAGUAUUAACUGUUGAGUGUGCCAAAGGGUAGCAACAUGAGAGCACACUUUUUCUGCUUGGUCCCAAGAUGAGGGAGCACAGCAUUUGUCAUGUCUAUCACCAAGAAUUAAUGUUUAUUGUGACAUCUGGCAGAGCUUUGACAUUUUUCUCUGUUGUCACUAUACAAAUCCUCAAUCUGUAUGUUGAUGGUGAUCUAGCACUAAUGCGUACAUCUAUGUUACAUAUAAAAUAUACACUCCUGUUACUAGCAAAAUACACACUUGGGUGCGGUCGUCAUAAUUCAUGGCAUUUCACGGGCACUUGCGAAAGUAUUAAUACAGAGUUCAGUGACUUUAAUACUGAGUUGCUCUCAACUCAAUUAUAUUUGUCUGUCAAACAUUUCUAAUCUAGCGUAUUGUCUUUGAAAUAUAAUCGUUUUAAAGCUUAUAUGCCUAGAUAAAACUGUGCUUAAAAGUAAACAAUUUGGUGCUGAAUGUAUAUUGCCAUUGCUUUCAUUUUAAACAUUGAUUAGGUUUUUAUAAAGAUCUACUUAGAAUUUAGCAUAGUUUAUGUAUAUCAUUAAAAUCUAACUUUACAAGUCUAUUACAAAAUAGAAUGAGUUUCAGAAUAUCAAGAUUGUUAAAGUUAAGGUAAUUCAUUGAUUGUUAUUAUUAAAUAUUAGGUUGUUACAAAAGUUCUCAGGGUUUAAUAAAUAAAGUUCAAAAUGGUAUAUCUUCAGUAAUACUGAUUCGAUUUAACUAAAAUAAGCAUCGUCAGAAUCACCACAGUUUUACCAAUGUUUUAGAAGCCAAUCAAUUCAGCCAGUGGAAAUAUUUGGUGCUCAGAAUUUGAUGUAGUAUACGAAAUUUGUUUUUGCCUUGUCUCAAUUAGUGAAAGUUCUACCAGUGAGAAAGUUAGAGUGCUUGAAAAGGUGAAAGUCGGUUAGCUAGAGGUCUGGGGAGUAUGAUGGGUGAGGCAGAACUUCGACCUUUCAAUUGGUUUAACUUUUGGACAGUGAUUUGUGGAUACAGACAAUGUCGUGAAGCAAUAUUGGACCUCUUCUCUUGACGCAAUUUUCGAUAAAUUUCGUUAAUUUCCAUCACAUAAAAACUCCGCUGUGAUUGUUGGCCAGGUUACAAAAAUUGUAGUGGAUCACGUCAGUUGCGUACAUGGAUAAUGUAAUCAUAGUCUUCUUUUGUUGUGUUUUCACCUUUGGUAAGUGCCUGAGGGGUACAGUAACACAAAACCCUGAGAACUUCCAUGCCAAUCUAAUAAAACUUAUAUUACUCAUAUAACAUUGUAGGUACCGCGCAAAACCCACUGGGAGCUCUUGUGCAAUAAAAUUCAACAGUAAUAAUUCUGUGUGAUUCAUUUUAAGUAAUUUUACUAGUUUAGAUUCUUACAGAUAAUCUGUGGAAAUAUUUUAAUGGUAUUUUAACUGUCACUAUUUUACCAAUGUUCAUGUUUUAAUUAAUUUGAUUUUGCUAUGUCUAAAAGUAGUGAAGUUUAAUUUUCUUUGGUUGUGUUCUUUUUCUGAUCUCAUAUUAUUGUAAUUGUUAUUUGUACUUAAUUGGUAAUUUAUUGGUUUUUAUUUUGAUUAUGUAUAAUAAUACUCUCUAAUGUACUUGAUAUUAUGAUGGCUGCUUGAUAUUGUUUUAUUAUUAUUUUUUAAUGUUGUUAGAAAAUUGUGUAAUUUUUGUUAUUUGUGUAUUAGUUUUAUUUGCUUUUUGUAAAUUGUGUAUUUUGUGUAAAAGUCUUAACGUAACCAAAAUUAUUGUUUAAUAAAUAAAAGUUUUGCAGCCUGAAUAGUAGUAAUUAUUUGUUUUGUCUGUAAUAUUCUUAAACAUGAUUAACAAGAGCCUUAACUCUUUGAUGGUCAGAAAACCUAGUAUAGUAAAAAUACUAGUAAUUUUGUUUUAACCUUAGAGGUAAUGUUUCUUAUUUUUCCAUAAUGCUAGUUACACCCUUGAGUAAU